UCUUUAUUAUAGAGCUCAUUUACAGGCGAAAAGGAGACAGGAGAGCCGCAGGAGCCCAGGAGUUACCUCUCCUACUCUGUUUCUGUGUUCUGCACCUGCGACCCGAUCACGAACUACUUUUCAUUCAAAGUGUCUGGCAGGUUUUUCUCCCCGAGGCGUUUCUUUUUAGAAAAUCACCAAAACGGAACCCAACGAGGACGACGGACAACGACCCUCCCUCACUUCUGCAAUCAUGAUGUCGAUGAACAGCAAGCAGCCUUUCAGUAUGCACCCCAUCCUCCACGAACCCAAAUACACUCCUCUGCACUCCAGCUCGGAGGCCAUCCGCAGGGCCUGUCUGCCCACACCGUCGCUUCAGGGCAACAUCUUCGCCGGCUUUGAUGAGACUUUGCUGCAGAGAGCCGAGGCUCUGGCCGCUGUGGACAUUGUGGCCCAGAAGAGCCAUCCGUUCAAACCAGACGCGACCUACCACACCAUGACCACCAUGACCAGCAUGACCUGCACCCCGACCUCCUCCUCCGCGCACCUGCACCACCCCUCCGUUCUCACCUCCCACCACCACCACCACCCGGCGCACCACCAGCCGGCACAGGGCCUGGAGGGCGACCUGCUGGACCACCUCACACCGGGUAUCUCCCUGGGAGGCAUGCCCGGCUCGGACGUCUGCUCCACGGCCUCGCACACCGCCCACGCCGCCCACAUGUCGGCCAUCAACCACAUGCAGCAUCACCACCACCAUCAACAGUCCAUGAACAUGCACCCACACGGGCUGGGGUCCCACAGCUCCUUGGGGACCGGCGGCGUAGACGCAGAGCCCGAUCCCCGGGAGCUGGAGUCGUUCGCCGAGAGGUUCAAACAAAGGCGGAUCAAACUCGGGGUGACCCAGGCGGACGUGGGCUCGGCCCUGGCCAACCUUAAGAUCCCCGGGGUCGGAUGUCUGAGCCAGAGUACCAUCUGCAGGUUCGAGUCCCUGACGCUGUCGCACAACAACAUGGUGGCCCUUAAGCCGAUCCUGGAGGCCUGGUUGGAGGAGGCGGAGCGGGCGCAGCGGGAGAAGAUGGCCAAGCCGGAGAUCUUCAACGGGGGCGACAAAAAGAGGAAACGGACGUCUAUCGCCGCCCCGGAGAAGCGCUCCCUGGAGGCUUAUUUCGCCGUGCAGCCGAGGCCCUCGUCGGAGAAGAUCGCCGCAAUCGCCGAGAAACUGGACCUGAAAAAGAACGUGGUCCGGGUUUGGUUUUGCAAUCAGAGGCAAAAGCAGAAACGAAUGAAGUUUUCUGCGACGCACUAAGACCAGUGGGGGGAAACACAGAGACUAAUCAGAGACAAGCUGCUGCUGCACACUGUCAGAAAAAACAAGGUACACCGUUGUGCCUUUUGGUCCUGCGGCUGGACCUGUUUGCCACACAGCCAGGGCCCCGUAGGUGCGCACUGCUUCACAAGUCAUGUAAUCUCUUAUCAAGUUAAGAUAAAAGUUUCUCAUUAAAUUAUUUUUGCUUUCAAGAAUUCCUGAAAUGAAACUGCAUUGAAAAUGUAAGAUGCUUCAUCACUCCAUCGGCUGAAUUCGUUAUUUCUCGAAGAAAGAAAUCCCCUUUUUCUGACUAAAUAACGGACUAAAUGUCUUGUUAAGAUUCACAGUGUUGUCCGUCUUGUAAAGGAGCAGCAUUCACAGCCGUGUUUUUGCACCAGUGCCUGAAUUUCCAAUUAUGGAAACGGUUUCACAGAAAGUAUUCAACACAGGCAGCAACUUCUUGCUUUUGAAGCAUAUGCAAAGACAAACCUGCACGUCUCUGGAGUCUUUCAGCUGCAUUUUAGAGGCGCUGAGAGGUUUGGAUGCGGGACACCUGAUGACUAUCCUCCACUCAGCAUAACCAGGAACUGUUUUUUUUUUUUAAAUAGUUUUUGGAAGUUUCAGCCUCAUACAGCUUCAAAAACAACUGGAUUCAACGGUGUACCUUUUUUAUUCUGACAGUGGAGACGGAGCACCGGGACUGGGAGAAAGACUGAGACCCUGUCCAAAAACCCGAGACUCUUAAAUCUGUAUGCUUCUCCACAGAGUAGUUACCCUCUGAGGUAUGGGAGAAAGUGAUCCCCAUCGUGGCAGAAAAAGAGGGGGGAACAAUGCUCCGUCUCUUUCAUUCUUAUGGCAAUUAUUGUACAAAAAAAAAUAAGCAUAAUAAUGACGGGAAUCGAGGAAUAAUCGCUAUUAUCCUCCUCAGUCAGAAUAGCUUUUUUUAUAUUUAUCAUUGUACAUAUUUGUGAAUAUGUUGCACCUCCGUGUGUGGAAAAGCUCAUUGAAAUGUAUUGAAUUUUCGCUGUCUUUUCUCCCAGGUGUUUGUUUCUGUAGAUAAUUCGAUAGUUUUUUUGGGGGACAGAUCGAACGAAACGAGUGAAAACGUCGAUCUGUGGCUAAUUUAUGAGGCACAAUAACUACUGUAAUCCUUUGCAUGGUUUACUCGUGAGGGGGAGAGGGGUGUUUUCUGUGCGUUUAUGGCUCCAAAAAUAUGAAAAUAACCCCCCGAAGUGAAUGCAUUGCAAUAAGAAGAAACACACACACACACACACACACACACAAACACACGCACGAAUACACACAUUCACACGGUAUAGCUGUGUGGCUACCUCAUUACGCAAGUGUUGGCACGUUCAUGGUGAUUUAAAAAAACACACACACACACACACACGCUAAAAAAACGAGUAGGGUCAUUUUCGGUUUGUUUUUGAAUGUGUUUUGUUCCUUGUGUUCCUCUUCCACCCAUCUAAUGGUGAAUUAGGCCUAGAAGACUCACUGAUGUGUAAACCUGUUGUAUGUUCAAGUUCACUGCAAUGAUGCUUUGACAAUCAAAUUAUUAUUAUUUUUAUUAUUAUUCAUAAGUUGUUGAUCUCCCCCUUUAUGUCUUCAUGAAAAUGAAUAAUUGUGCGUUAUCAGGCCUAUUAUUAUUAUUAUUAUUAUUAUUAUGACUGACACCUUUCUGGAGCGCACUUUGUAGAUAUUCUGGUGAAGGAAAAUGGUCGGCCUUAUUUAUACUUAUUUUUCCAACGCUUAACACUUAAAACGUUAAGUUUUGUUUUAUUUUCUUAAUAUUGCCCUUAUUUAUUUGAACUUAAUUUAUUUUGGAGGGGGGGGGGGGAAAUCAUAUUUCAUUUGUGACAGUGUGCUUUAAAUGUGUCUGUGUAAGCGACAGAAGCUGAAAUAAACCUUGCACGUUUUACUUCA